GAGGCGUGGGAGGGAAUAGUGGGUGGCGAAUGCUUUGACAGCAUCUUGGGUUUGACAUGAAAUUGACAGAUUCUCAGACACAAGUCCACACCUCCUUCAGUGCAGAGCAGACCAACUCGACAACAACUUGCCUCCCAAUCAGGACCUGCACCAUGAGCUGUGACCAGAGGUACCCCUUCCCGCAGGUGUUCCUGGUGGACGAAGGCGGAGGUCAACGCCAGCCGGUGUCUCCUCCAAACCUUAUUCCCUGCUGGUCGUUCCCGCCGGCCCCGGAGACCAUCAAGAGCCGCGGCAGGAGCCGAGGCUGCAUGGGGGCCAGCCCCAGCCUGGCCAUGGUGCUGCUGAUGCUGUUCCUGCUGGUGUUUGCAGCCCUGGGGUUUGAAGCCUGGCAGAUCCAGAACAUCCAGAAAAAAAUCAAAGAUGUGGAGAAGGUUGAACCUGUACCCGUGACAGAGUUUGGUUCACCUCUGAAGCAAAUUGGUCUCUAUAAGCCUGAAUCAAAUGAAGAACAGAACAAGGACAGGCCCGCAGCUCAUGUGAUUGGGCGAAUUAACAACCAACUUUCCCAAAAGACUUUGCGGUGGGAGCCGAUGGCUGGCCGGGCCUUCGUCUCUGGAGGGGUGUCUUAUCGAAUUGAAGAUGGCUCCCUGCAGGUCAACGAGUCAGGAGUCUACCAAAUUUACUCUCGAGUUGAGCUGAUCUUUUCGAAGUGCCUUCCCGAAUCCUCUUUUAACCAUAUCAUAUUUGUGAGGAGAGGGGGACACUCCCCAACUGUGACUCUGAUGGAGGCCCACAGGGCGGGCUUUUGCGCCCAGCGCGCAGCCCACUCGUGGACCACAGACAACUACCUCGGCGGGGUCCUAAAGCUAGGGAAGUUCGACAGAGUUUACGUGAACGUGUCGCACCCUCAAUAUCUCAGCCACUCCCAUAACGGCAACUUCUUCGGCUUAUUCAAGAUCUGAAGAGCUUUGAUUGUUUUGGCUUUGUAUUACUGUGCAGUGGUUUUGCUCUGAAUGAGGAUAACCUACUCAUAACUUUAACAAAGUGAACCUUUGAUUGUAUUUUCAGUAUUUUGUCUGUAAUACCUGGACUGAAUAGCUUCUUAUUGUAAUGUAAAAACUUAGAGAUCCUAUUGCACAUUUUUCUAUUGGCAGCUCAAGGAAAAAAAAAAAAAGCACCGAGAAAUGAACAGAGCCUUUUUUGCCCCAAAAAUGUUGCUUUUGUGAAAGAUGUCUAGUCAGUUGACACUAAGGUGCUGAUAUAGUUGUAGCAUUUUCGGUAUUUAUUUUGUUAUGUAUGCCUGUAUUAUAUAUUGGGUGUUUUAAAAGGGGAAUAAAGGAAUGAUUUAUGGAGA